CCAGGCGGGCUGGAGGACUCCGUCUCCUCCCCCACAAUGCACCGCGACAGGCAGCCUUUGAAAAAGCGGCGCGGCUCCUUCAAGAUGGCGGAGUUGGAUCAGCUGCCUGACGAGAGUUCAUCAGCAAAAGCUCUGGUUAGUUUGAAAGAGGGAAGUUUAUCAAAUACAUGGAAUGAAAAAUUCAGUUCCUUGCAGAAAACACCCAUUUGGAAAGGCAAGAAUGCAGGAGCUACUGUAGAAAUGCCCUUCAGAAGUUCAAAACGAAGUCGGUCCUUUUGUGAGGAGGAGGAAAGGCAAAUGAAUACAAGAUCACCCAAAAGAAAUCAAAGAGUUGCAAUGGUUCCCCAGAAGUUUACUGCAACAAUGCCUACACCAGACAAAAAGGCAUCACAGAAGAUCGGUUUGCGGCUACGUAACUUACUCAAACUUCCUAAAGCACACAAAUGGUGUAUUUACGAGUGGUUCUACUCAAAUAUAGAUAAGCCACUCUUUGAAGGUGAUAAUGAUUUCUGUGUUUGCCUGAAAGAAUCUUUUCCCAAUCUGAAAACCAGAAAAUUAACAAGAGUUGAAUGGGGAAAGAUCAGACGGUUAAUGGGGAAGCCACGAAGAUGCUCUUCUGCAUUCUUUGAAGAGGAAAGGUCCGCAUUAAAACAGAAACGGCAAAAAAUUAGACUGUUGCAACAGCGGAAGGUGGCAGAUAUAUCCCAAUUUAAAGAUCUUCCAGAAGAAAUUCCGUUGCCACUAGUUAUAGGAACAAAGGUUACAGCACGGUUACGUGGUGCUCAUGAUGGACUCUUCACUGGACAGAUAGAUGCUGUUGACACUCUUAAUGCUACUUACAGAGUAACCUUUGAGAGGUCAGGGCUUGGAACGCAUACAAUCCCAGAUUAUGAAGUUCUCAGUAAUGAACCUCAUGAAACCAUGCCAAUUGCUGCCUUUGGACAAAAACAGAGACCUUCUAGAUUCUUUAUGACUCCUCCUCGGUUACAUUACACACCUUCCCUCCAGUCACCAAUUACAGACAGUGAUCCUUUACUAGGACAGUCUUCUUGGAAGAACAAAUUUUCAGGCUCAGAUAGUGAGACAUUAGGUGGUUUUCCAGUAGAAUUCCUUAUCCAAGUGACCAGAUUAUCAAAGAUUCUUAUGAUCAAGAAGGAACACAUCAAGCAAUUAAGGGAGAUGAACACAGAAGCAGAAAAAUUGAAAUCCUACUCAAUGCCUAUUGGCAUUGAAUUUCAGAGAAGAUACGCAACUAUUGUCUUAGAUCUUGAACAGCUGAACAAGGAUCUAAACAAGGUUUUACAUAAAGUUCAACAGUAUUGUUAUGAGCUUGCCCCUGAUCAGGGUCUACAGCCAGCAGACCAUCCCACAGAUCUGAGACGGAGAUGUGAAGAAGAAGCUCAGGAAAUUGUCAGACAGUCAAAUACAUCAACAACAGGACAGCCGUGUGUUCAGAAUGAAAACCUGACAGAUUUGAUUGCUAGGCUUACAGCAAUAUUAUUGCAGAUUAAGUGUCUAGCAGAAGGAGGGGAUCUAAACUCCUUUGAGUUUAAGUCUUUAACAGAUUCAUUAAACGACAUCAAGAAUUCCAUAGAUUCCACCAACAUCAGUUGCUUUCAAAAUAAUGUUGAGAUCCACGUUGCACACAUCCAGAGUGGCCUCAGCCAGAUGGGAAAUCUACAUGCCUUUGCUGCAAAUAACACCAACAGAGACUGAGAGAAACCUUCCCCUUAGUCCAAGUGUACAGAAUGUAGUUAUGAAAAAGCCUUCUUAUAUAAGCUUCACCAAAUAUCCUAACUGCUAGAAGAAAUAGGAAAAGAGAAGGAUAUUUUGAGAUCCAUUGUACUGCUUCUGAAGAAACCAGCAUAAAAUUACCAGCAUUGCUAUAGACUUCAUCACUUGCUAUGCACAUACAGUAUCUUGUUUAACAGCUAACCUUUAGUUAUAAAAAUACAUAGGUAUGUUGUUUUUGAACUGAAAGUUAUACAGACAUGUUUUCUUAUAAUGUGAAGCAAGAAUACUUUUAUUUUAAACUUAUUUGCAACUAUUCUGUCAACUAUUGAGAGCUGUUUUGAAGAAGGAAGUGACACUGAGGUUGCAUAGCAAUCUCUUCUUGAAAGCCUAGUAUUAGUGUCUCACUGCCUUUUGAUUUUAGUUUCUGAAGUGCUGUGAUUGGUAAAAAGCAGUGUGUAUUCCUGUUCUCGCGACGUGGCAGCAGGAUAUGCAAAGGAAUGGGAGUGGGUAGGUAGCUAUUGUACACUUGUGGAUACUGGGAAUCCCUGUAAAUCAGUUAAUAUUGUUCGAAUGUCUUUAUUUAUCAUAACUUAUAAAAGUAAUCUAAUGAAGGAGUAGAAAAGGACUGCUGAAUUCCCAGAAAUUGAUAUGACUUGCUUUCCCCCCUCCAUAAUGGGCAAAGUGUUCUAGUUAAGAUAUUUCACACAAAUAACUGGUAUUUUUCCAUUGAUUUGUUUGCACAAACUUAAACUAGAUACCUGCUUAUCAAGCAAUUAACAGAGUUCACGAUGCAGUUAGAUAGCCAGUCCCCUGAACUGCCUAAAAAAAAUAAAAAGCAAAGAUCUGAGUACACAGAAGUAUCAAUCUUGUAAAAAGGGUGUAUUGAGUUGUUUAUUUAGAAUAGACUUGUAAAGCUUCAGUGUAAUAAAUUGUUUCCAGAUUUGAAUUUUUAGAUAGCUGUAGCAAUGUUUUGAUUCUUUCAUGCCUCAUAAAAUGAGGUCUUUUGUAUGUUAAUGUAAAAAGAAAAUGUAAACAAUUAUUUUCAAUUUAAAAUUUUGUAUAGUUUUAAAAAUGCUUCUGUAUUCUGUGUAUUUGUGCUGCUUCAAAACUUAACUGCAGAGUCUAUAUUUAGCAAAACCUGUUCUUUUAAGAAAUGCAUAAAUCUUUUAUUCUCAUUGAG